AUGAGGACCUACGACGACACGUUCUCCGGACAGAGGAUCUACCCUGGCAAGGGUAAGCUCUACGUCCGUGGCGACAGCAAGAUCUUCCGAUUCCAGAACGGCAAAUCCGAAUCUCUCUUCCUCCAACGAAAGAACCCCCGCCGCAUCGCCUGGACGACCCUCUACCGCCGACAGCACAGGAAGGGUAUCUCUGAGGAAGUUGCCAAGAAGCGAACCCGCCGCGCCGUCAAGUCCCAGCGUGCCAUCGUCGGUGCCUCCCUCGAUGUCAUCAAGGAGCGCCGAACCAUGAGGCCCGAGGCCCGCGCCGCCGCCCGCGCCGAGGCCAUCGCCGAGUCCAAGGAGAAGAAGCAGGCCGCCGCGAGCGCGAAAAAGGCCGAGAAGGCCAAGCUCGCCGCCCAGGCCGGCAAGGGCCAGACCGGCCGGAUCCAGAGCAAGCAGGGUGCCAAGGGUGCGCAGGCUAAGCCUGCGGCUGCCAAGCGCUUCUAA